AAAUAAAAGACUUAUCAUACAUGUUGGAAAAAAUAUUUCAUUUGCAGAGAGUACAUCUAGAUAUUCAAGUAGGGGAACAUGCAAUCGAUUAUGCCAAUGUAGCACAGAAGGAAAAGUUAUCAGAGCUCCAACUUAGAAUACGUCAGCUCUUAGAUCAAGUUGGACAAAUAACCAAGGAGCAAAACUAUCAGAGGUAUCGAGAAGAGCGGUUUAGGCAAACGUCCGAAAGCACUCAUCGCCGUGUAUUCUGGUGGUCUCUGACUCAGACGGUAAUAGUUCUGAUUAUGGGUGCAUGGCAAAUGAAACAUCUUAAGAGUUUCUUCGAGGCAAAGAAAUUAGUUUAAGUAUUACGAUGAAAAAUGCGGUCUUGAGAUUUUAGCCGCGUAUCG